AUGUAGAAUGAUAAUAAUAAAAAUAAUGAUACUCAAUUAGAGUUGUUCAAAAUAAUUCAAAAUACUUACAAUAGUUUUUAUGUCAUCACUCUUAGUAAGAAGGGAAAUCUACUUAUGGGAGGUGAUUUUGAUGGGAAUAUGUUCUUAUACAAUAAUUUAAAUUUGAUCAAGAGUUAUAAAUAUCACAAAAAAUUCAUAAUCACACUAAAAUUUUCAUAUUCUGGGAAAUACUUAGCUAGUGGUUCAGCUGAUUGCAAUAUUGGAAGAAUAGAGUUUGAUGGAAUAUAAUAAGUUUAAUUUAGAUUAUUAUGUCAUCAUACAGCUUAUGUGAUGAAGGUAGAUUUCAGUCCAAAUGAAAAUUACUUAAUAACUGCAGGUUCAGAUAAGUAAUUAUUGGUAUUUAAUUCUUAAUCUUGUGAAUUACUGUCAAAAUAUUACUUUCCUUAUGGAUUAAACUUUGUAUAGUUUAUAAAUCAUACUAAAUUAUUCAUAUAUGGUACAUUUGGACCAAUAAACUUAAAUAAUUUUCCAGAGAUUAUGAAAAAUGAAAAAAUGAAAUCUUUACAAUAUCAAAUCAAAUAAGUAUCAGUUAUUAAUAGUAUCUCUAAUUCUUAGUUAUUCUUAAUAAAUGGAUAGAAAAGAUCAAAAAUUUAUCUUGUCAAUUAAGUAAAUUUUAAGAUUCUUAGAAAAUUUAUAACUAAAUACUAACAUGAUGUUAUGCAUCUACAUUUAACAAAUUCUAAAGCAAUUUUUACAACAAGUGAAAACAUAGAAAUUGUAGAUUGGAUGACAGCUAAAUUAUUGCAUAUUUUAGAUUCUUGUACUAGUAUGGGUACAUCUAUAGUAUCUGAAGAUGGAGUAUAUUUAUAUACAAUAAGUAGAAAUAGUAUUAAAAUUUGGAUUUUAAAAAAAUGA